UUUCAGCAGUGUUGGGCGAAGGAAAGUCUGUGUUCUCACAUUUUGACCAGCAAAUGAUAUGUGUGUAGUGAAAUUUUUUUAAAUGGAAGGCAAACGAGUAUUCAUGUGCAGUAUUGAUGUUGAGUUUGAAGUACAGUACACUCUCUUCGGAAUAUGAGAUACAGUAUUUACUUAAUUUCCAAUGACGAUGAGACCCUAAUACUCUAAAAAGGCGUAUAACAUUUUCGAAUUCGUUGAAGUCAAUCAAAAUGUGGAAAUUUUCUGUCUUAUUGGCCUUCCUUCUGAGAUUUGGAGAGAUUUAUGGUCAGCGCAUGCCCGCAGAAAAUAAGGCCGAAACAGUGCGUCAUUUGCUGGAAUCUUACGAAAACAUACCAGAUGCCGUUUUUGACUUGAGUCAGUCCUCUGGAAAACCUUCUCGGUCGAGUCUGAAAUUUCCAACACUUUAUGACAUUCAUAUCAGCAACAAAAUGUAUCAGGUUUCCGAAACAGAAGUUUGUACGAUCUUGAUUAAAACGUGUCAUCUGGACGAAAGAGAACCAACGGGGCCCGUCGUCAGAUGCGUCACUUCAGUCGAAUUCAAGGCGGAAUUCCACGCGGAACAUUUUGCAUCGAAAAGGUAUGAGCCCUUCUAUACAAAGUUCAAUGAAGCUAUAGGUGUUCAAGCCGUCUUCUGGGACACGAAGUCGAGAAAAGUUGCAGGAAAAUCGAACAUGACCAGCAUCAUGACGUUCGUAUCAAUCAUGGUUUCUCCCGAAACACCGAUAGUUUUUACCUUUCCGUUGCCUGAGGGAGUGGAAAGAAAAUACUUGGCAGUAUCCUUGAUUGACCGUAAUCAGAAACGUGGGAAAGUCACAAAUUUUGUGAAAGUGAAGCUGCCCGAGAAUUCCGUGCAUAAAGUGCAAGAAGGCGGAAUUGCACUUUGCAUGAAGAAUGUCUUUCAAGCGUUUCGAGACAACUCAAUCAAUUUUGCUGAGUGGAUAGAAAUCCAAAAGGCAAUGGGAUCGGAACAUCUCUUCGUUCCUAUUCUUGGAGAUUUUCAGCAUCCAAACGUUUCAAAAUUGCUCAAGUAUUAUGAAAAGCAAGGAGUUCUUACUGUCCAACGGUCAAACCUGUAUGGAAGAAGAUCCCAUCCGACGGGUGUGAUUCGGUUGGGUUACCCUGCGACGAAAACCGAAUCAGACAUGCACAAAGUCCAGGUUGAUCUCGAAAAAUUGAACCUCAAUACUUGCGUGCUGAAUUCGAUUGGAAAGUACAGGUUCGUGUUCGUGGUGGAUAACGACGAAUUUUAUUCAAUAAACAUACCGGGGAUUUUUACGUGGCAAGAAGUCCGUAAGAAUGCGUUCCUCAAAGGCACUCCGAAGACAACUACGUGCUUUCCAGAAUUACAAAUGAUUCAAUCCAAUGAAGCAGUCCAAUUUGCUCGUGACAAUCAUUUGAUCAAGGUUUGUUCCUCCAGUAGUUGA